AUGUCCAGAAAAUUAUACACCACAGAAGAGGCAUUCAAAAUUAUAACCCAGAGCGAUGAGAGCAGUGGGGAGCUCUCACCGCCCCAUAACAGUGCCGAGUCCACUUUCAAUUCAGGUUCGGAAUACGAGCCCCCUGAAAGCAGUACAUCCGAAUCGGAGGAGGAAGUAGUCCGUCCAAAAAGACCACGGUCUGAACCCCAGGCAGCUACCAGCAGCGCCGGACAUCCCAGUGGCCAAUCAGCAAAUGCUAACGGCGCUAGACCCCAGGAGGAAAGGCUCAGUACAAGCUCUGGAAUUCCACACCGAGGAAGAAGGGCCCAAACCCAUCUACCGGAUGGCUUGGCCAACCCGUUGUGGCUGCCUUCUAGUACAGGGUCAGCCACAAUCCCCCCUUUCACAGCACAGCCAGGUGUGCAGGCCAACACCGAAGGUUUCUCUGAAAUCGAUUUUUUUAAUUUAUUUUUCCCUAAUGAGUUCCUUCAAACCAUCAUAGACCAAACAAAUCUUUUUGCCAGUCAGUACAUACAAAACAACCCCAACUCAUACUAUGCCCGCCCGUUUGAAUGGAGACCCCUAACAAUGGAGGAAAUGAGAUUGUUUUUAGGCCUUACGCUGAAUAUGGGGCUUUCAAAAAAAAAUGAACUUCAUUCAUAUUGGUCUAAAAAGCCCAUCCUCCAUAUGCCAAUUUUUUCAGCUACGAUGUCCAGGUCCCGCUAUGACAAGAUCAUACGGUUCCUGCAUUUCUGCGACAACUCGCAGUGCCCCCCCCGAAAUCAUACGGACUUUGAUAGAUUAUAUAAAAUUCGCCCCCUAAUAGAUUUUUUCAAUGAGAAGUUUGCUGAACUUUACAUCCCGGAACAGAACAUCUCUGUGGAUGAAUCCCUGGUCCAUUUCACUGGCCGGCUGGGAAUAAAACAGUAUAUUCCCAGUAAGAGAGCGAGGUACGGCUUGAAGCUAAACAAGCUCUGCGAAAGCUCCUCCGGCUAUGUGAAUGCCUUUCGUGUGUACGAAGGCAAAGACUCCCAAAUCCAGCCCCCUGAGUGUCCAUCGUAUAUGGGAAUAAGCGGGAAAAUUGUAUGGGAGUUGGCAUUCCCACUCUUCCAAAAGGGGUAUCACAUAUACGUGGACAAUUACUACACUAGCCUGCCCCUUUUUCGCCACCUAUUCCUGAAUAAAACUUUGGCCUGUGGUACUUCACGUAAAAACAGGAAAGGCUUCCCACAGAGUUUAGUCACCACAUGCCUACAAAAAGGGGAAUCGGUAAGCCUGAGGAACGAAGAAGUUUUGGCCUUGAAGUGGAGGGAUAAGAAAGACGUUUACAUGAUGUUGACUAUCCACAAUGACACCUCAGUGGAAAUUCACAGGAGACGCCGUACCAUUCGAAAGCCUUGCUGUAUCAAUGAAUAUAAUAAGUUCAUGGGGGGGGGGUGGAUCUAA